UCAUCAUAUCUGGGUGACUAGAAGUGUCGUGCUUGUUAGAUUUGUUCUCUAUCAAUUUCCUUUUUCGGAAAUUGAUUCUCAACAGUUUGAUAGGCACACACUUCUUUCUUCUCCACCGGGUGUUUUUGGUUACACCCUAACACCUCAAAAAUCAAAUUCUCAUAUAUACAAUGGCAAAUUUGAAUGCUUAUUUCCAGAAAGGAUCGGAGGUCGAAAUCAGCAGCAAUGAAGAUGGAUUUCGCGGCGCGUGGUACACUGGGACCGUAAUUCGGCCCGCAUCGUCAAAAACCAAAAACAAGAUCUUGGUCGAAUACAAAACCCUAAUGGCCGACGAGAAAGGGUCAAAGCCUCUACGAGAAUCUGUAGAUGUGGUGCAAUUGAGACCGAUACCUCCUCGAGAGAGUAGCCGGAGUUUCGAGUUCAGCGCAGAGGUGGACGCCUGUUACAACGAUGGGUGGUGGGAAGGAGUCAUCACUGAAGUGCUUGCGAACAAGAGGUACUCUGUUUUCUUCAGGGGAACAAGAGAGCAAAUUGAGUUCGGACAGUCGGAGCUUCGGCUUCACCGGGAAUGGGUCAAUGGCAAAUGGGUUCCGCCAUUGGAAGAAGAGGUGCAAGCUUUGAAAGUGUCAAUUUCUACCGAAGCAAAGUCUAGUGAAGAGAUGGUGGAGGAGGAGUUCAGCAAAGGGAUGGUAGAGGAGAAGUUCAGCAAAGGGGCAUUAGUUGAAGUUAGCAGUGAUGAAGAGGGUUUUCAAGGUGCUUGGUUUGCGGCAACUGUUGUCAAACAAAUAAGGGGGGGAAAAUUCUUGAUUGAGUACCAGAGCUUGAGAAAUGACGAUGAUACAGACUUUUUGAGAGAACAGGUUGAUACUCUGCACAUCAGGCCCUACCCACCCGCCACUUCAGCGGUUGACCAUUUCAAUCUGCUUGACGAAGUUGAUGCUCAAUACAAUGAUGGAUGGUGGGUGGGUGUGAUUUCCAAAGUUCUUAAUGGCCCAAGGUACGUAGUUUACUUCAGGGACUCUAAUGAGGAAAUGGAGUUCAAACACACUGAUUUAAGGCUACAUCAGGACUGGAUUGAUGGCAAAUGGAUUGUGGCUUCCAAGGCCUUGAAGUUGUAAUUGCCAUGGAAGGUGGAAAAGCAUAACGAGCUUUGCAACGAGCACCUGCGAGGUAC